AUAAAAGGAGCAAAUGUCUCCUGUCCUGCUUACACAUUCAGACACGCUCAACACGUGCCCGACUGGCUGUUUGUUUGCUUGUGGACGUGAAAGAGAAGGCAAGGAGACGCUGUUCAAAGACUGCUGCUGAAGCUCUAAACGAAAAGUUCGUAGCAUGGAUGCUGCAGAAUUUCGGCGCAGAGGCAAAGAGAUGGUUGACUACGUGGCUGACUAUUUGGAAAAAAUAGAGGAACGACCAGUCUACCCAGACCUGGAACCAGGAUAUCUGCGUGAUUUAAUCCCGACUGAAGCCCCAUGUGAGCCUGAGAGUUUUGAGGAUCUAAUGCAAGAUGUAGAGAGAGUCAUAAUGCCAGGGAUUACCCAUUGGCACAGCCCCAACUUUUUUGCCUACUUUCCAGCAGCUUCGUCCUACCCUGCUAUGCUGGCUGAUAUGUUGUGUGGAGCCAUUGGAUGUAUUGGAUUUUCCUGGGCUGCCAGCCCCGCCUGCACUGAGCUGGAGACGGUGAUGCUGGAUUGGCUCGGAAAGAUGCUGCAACUGCCCGAGUGUUUUAUAGCUGGGACUCAUGGUCAUGGAGGAGGUGUCAUUCAGAGCACAGCCAGUGAGGCGACUCUGAUGUCCCUCCUUGCUGCUCGCUGUAAAGCCGUCAGACGAGUCCAGGCUGUGGAAUCUGAAAGGUCCGAGUCCGACGUCCUCUCCAAGCUGGUGGCAUACACUUCUGACCAAGCUCAUUCGUCUGUUGAGCGUGCUGCUCUGAUCGGAGCAGUGAUGAUGAGGAAGGUUCCCACAGAUGAACAUUUUGCUGUCAGGGAGGAAAUGCUGAAGAAGAUGGUGGAGGAGGACAAAGCAGCUGGACUCAUCCCUUUUUAUUUUUGUGCAACACUUGGCACCACUCCAUCAUGUGCGUUUGAUCACAUCACCAAGCUGGGGCCCCUGUGUAAUAAGGAAAAUAUGUGGAUGCACAUUGAUGCAGCUUAUGCUGGGAGUGCCUUUAUUUGUCCUGAGUUUAGACCUCUCCUGAACGGCAUUGAGUACGCAGAUUCUUUCAACUUUAACCCCCACAAAUGGCUUCUGAUUAACUUUGACUGCUCCACAAUGUGGGUGAAGAAGAGGACGGACAUCAUUGGAGCCUUUAAAAUGGAACCGCUCUACCUGAAGCAUGAAAACCAGGAGUCAGGUCUUGUCACAGACUACAGGCACUGGCAGAUUCCUCUGGGAAGAAGAUUUCGCUCACUGAAGAUGUGGUUUGUAUUUCGUUUGUACGGACUGAAAGGGCUGCAAGCUCAUAUACGAAAGCAAGUGGCCCUGGCCAAAGAGUUCGAGAGCCUGGUUCAAGCAGACAACCGGUUUGAGAUCUGUGCUGAGGUCAUCUUAGGACUGGUCUGCUUCAGGCUCAAGGGCUCCAAUGAGCUGAACCAGAACCUGCUGAAGAGGAUCACAAAGAGCAGAGAAAUCCACCUGGUGCCCUGCCAGCUGUCUGGCCGCUUUGUCCUUCGCUUUGCCAUCUGUGCACGCACCACCGAGUCACGCCACAUCCAACGAGCAUGGCGUCACAUCACACAACUUGCUUUUGAGCUUUUGCAGGAGCAGCCACAUUGACCAUUCGUUUUGUCCUCUCCCAUGCUGAAACGCAAACCAAAGUUUAGAAAACAGCUUCACAAAGAUUGCGGAUAAAAAACGUCAUUGUGUUUAUUUUCCAAACUUCACUUAGCAGUCUACUUUAAUUUGCCUAAAUAUUUGACAGUGUUGAUUGAUUCAUGUGAAGGUGUUUUGUUAGAAAAAUGCUGAAUCGCUUAUGCAAAAAAAAAAAAAAUUCAUCUGCAAUUUCUCCAGCCGCCAUCUAAGCUCCUGUUUGUCACUGAUCUGUGAAUUCAUAAUUGUCCUGCAGGCUUGACUGUGCUGAUUCUGUGUCUGUUAUUGUCGUCAGAAAUAGUUCAGAGACGUACUAAACCUUGACGUUUGCUGGAACUGUUUAAUUGUCUUAUUCUGUCAGUCUGCAUUGAAUGUAUUGCACUUUGUGAAAAUGAAAUUCAUGAGUCCGUUUGUGUGUUUGCUGCAUAUUGUAAAACUAAUGGCUGACUCACAUGUGAGGGUAACAAAUCUAUUAUUGCGUCAGUGAGUCAGGUUAAACACCUGUUUAAGUGCAUACAGUCCUCUUGGUGUGGAGCUUGUAAUGGCAGAGGCAAUCAAAAAUAUUUUAAAUUAUGUUUUUACAAAUUUGUGUCAAUUUUGUUUAAUCAUUUUAAGUUAAAAGGUGAAAAAACUUUUAUUACUUUUUAUUUGCAAAUAAUGUCCUGUUUUACAUAGUAUAUCUGUCCUUCAGAUAUUAAAGGUCAGAGUCGAAUAAAAAUAAAAAGAUUUUGAGCC